UGGCCACUGGGGUCCCCACUUCCCGGAACUCUGAGCUGAGUGAUGUCAUAGAUGGAUUACCUCACUAGGGCCAAGGAACCGGGAAUUUCAGGGACAUGGGGGACGGAGAGGAAUGCCUCUCUACCCCCCAACCCCCCAUGUCUGUGGUGAAGUCGAUCGAAUUAGUGCUGCCCGAGGAUAGAAUCUACCUGGCUGGCUCCAGCAUAAAAGGGCAGGUGAUCUUAACCCUGAACAGCACCCUGGUGGACCCCAUAGUGAAGGUGGAGCUCGUGGGAAGGGGUUACGUCGAAUGGAGUGAAGAAGCCGGGGCAUCCCGUGAUUAUAGCAGAAAUGUUAUUUGCAACAACAAGGCAGACUACGUGCAUAAGACAAAGACAUUCCCAGUGGAGGAGACGGCAUCUCGCUCUGUCACCCAGGCUGGAGUACAGUGGCAUGAUCUCGGCUCACUGCAACCUCCGCCUCGCACAUUCAAGCUAUCCUCCCACCUCAGCCUCCUGAGUACCUGGAACUACAGGCUUCCUUCUACCUUCACCAGCAAAUUUGGCCAUGUCUUCUAUUUCAUACAAGCUUCCUGCAUGGGCAGGGAACACAUUUUAGCCAAGAAGAGGAUGUACUUAUUGGUUCAAGGAACUUCCACCUUCCACAAAGAAACCCCAUUCCAGAACCCCUUGAUCGUGGAGGCUGAGGAGAAAGUCUCCUACAACUGCUGCCGCCAGGGCACUGUCUGCUUGCAAAUCCAGAUGGAAAAGAACACCUUCACGCCAGGAGAGAAGGUCGUCUUCACAACAGAGAUCAACAACCAGACCAGCAAAUGCAUCAAGACGGUCGUAUUCGCCCUGUACGCCCACAUACAGUACGAGGGCUUCAUGCCGAGUGCGGAGCGGCGGUCUCGGCUGGACAGCAGCGAGCUUCUGAGGCAGGAGGCCAACACCCCCGUGACCCGCUUCAACACCACCAAGGUUGUCAGCACCUUCAACCUGCCGUUGCUGCUGUCCGUGAGCAGCAGCACGCAGGACGGUGAGAUCAUGCACACUCGCUACGAGCUGGUCACCACCGUGCACCUGCCCUGGUCCCUGACCAGCCUCAAGGCCAAAGUUCCCAUCAUCAUCACCAGCGCCUCAGUGGACUCUGCCAUCUGCCAGCUGUCAGAGGACGGAGUGUUACCCGUGAACCCAGAUCACCAGAAUUAAGUGCCCAAACUUUUAAAUAUUAAAAGCUUUAUUAGUCUCUA